GCUCCUCCUCCUCCUGUUCCUCCUCCUGCUCCUCCUCCUGGUCCUCCUCCUGGCCCUCCUCCAGCUCCUCCUCCUUCUGCUCCUCCUUCUGGUCCUCCUCCUCCUGUUCCUCCUCCUGCUCCUCCUCCUGGUCCUCCUACUCCUGGUCCUCCUCCUGGCCCUCCUCCAUCUCCUCCUCCUUCUGCUCCUCCUCCUGGUCCUCCUCCUCCUGUUCCUCCUCCUGCUCCUCCUCCUGGUCCUCCUACUCCUGGUCCUCCUCCUGGCCCUCCUCCAGCUCCUCCUCCUUCUGCUCCUCCUCCUGGUCCUCCUCCUCCUGUUCCUCCUCCUGCUCCACCUCGGGCUCCUCCUACCCCUGCUCCACAUGCUCCUCCUCCUCCUGCUCUUCCUCUUGCUGCUACUCCUCCUCCUGAUCCUCCUCCAGGUCCUCCUCCUGGUCCUCCUCCUCCUCCUGGUCCUCCUCCUCCUGCUCCUCCUCCUGCUCCUCCUCCUGCUUCUCCUCCUCCUCCUGUUUCUCCUCCUGGUCCUCCUCCAACUCCUUCUCCUCCUCCUGUUCCUCCUCCUGCUCCUCCUCCUGUUCCUCCUUCUGCUCCUCCUCCUGGUCCUCCUCCUGCUCCUCCUCCUCAUGUUCCUCCUCCACCUCCUGUUUCUCCUCCUCCUCCUGCUCCUUUACCUCCUGUUCCUCCUCCUCCAACUCCUCCUCCUCCUGGUCCUCCUCCUGGUCCGCCUCCUGGUCCUCCUCCUCCUCCUCCUGAUCCUCCUCCUCCUGCUCCUCAUCCUGCUCCUCCUCCUCCUCCUCCUCCUGCUCCUCCUCCUGCUCCUCCUCCUGCUCCUCCUUCUCCUGGUCCUCCUCCUCCUGUUCCUCCUCCUGCUCCUCUUCCUGCUGCUCCUCCUCCUCCUGUUCCUCCUCCUGCUCCUCCUCCUGGUCCUCCUCCUCCUGGUUCUCCUCCUGUUCCUCCUUCCGUUCCUCCUCCCGCUCCUCCUCCUCCUGGUCCUCCUUCUCCUGCUCCUUCUCCUGUUCCUCCUUCUGUUCCUCCUCCUGCUCCUCCUCCUCCUGGUCCUCCUGCUCCUCCUCCUGCUGCUCCUCCUCCUCCUGAGCCUCCUCCUCCUGGUCCUCCUCCUGGUCCUCCUCCUGGUCCUCCUCCUCCUGUUCCU